AUGUCUUCUGUGCUGAGGAACUUUACUGCUCUUUCUUGCACAUUUCGGCCCUGUUUUUCACGGCUCUCCACGGGGAAAACAUGGGUCUUGGACAGCGAAGUGCGCACGCUUGUCUUGCGCGUAAAUCCAAACAGAAAGUGUUCUGAAGGAGGCAAGUUCAACCAGCCUGUGAGUGCAGAGUUCGUGGCGAGAGUGUCAGGGGUCCCGACCAUGGCCCGGCUGCCCUUCCAGGAGAGCGCGGACGGACUGCACGCCGCGUUUGUGGGGGUUCCGAUCGACACUGGGACGUCCAACCGACCUGGAGCAAGGUUUGGUCCUCGACAGAUCCGAGUGGAGUCUGCAAUGCUCAGAGCUUACAACAGUGGCACCAGAGCAGCUCCAUACGAGUCUGUGAAAGUGGCAGAUAUCGGAGAUGUCAAUGUGAACUUAUUUGACCUGAAAGACACCUGUAAACGCAUCCGAGAGGCUUAUAGGAAGAUAGUGGCCACAGGGUGCAUACCACUGACGAUGGGAGGUGAUCACACAAUUGCUUAUCCAAUUCUUCAAGCUGUUGCUGAAAAAUAUGGUCCAGUGGGUCUGGUGCACGUGGACGCUCAUGCUGAUGUGAGUGAUGUAAUUUUGGGGGAGAAGAUCGGCCAUGGGACGCCGUUCAGACGUUGUGUGGAGGAGGGGCUGCUGGACUGUCACAGAGUGGUGCAGAUCGGACUGCGUGGCACCGGUUACUCCGCAGACGCCUACGAAUGGAGCAGGUCACAGGGUUUCAGGGUGGUCCAGGCAGAGGAUUGCUGGUUCAAGUCCCUGGCUCCGCUGAUGUCUGAGGUUCGGGCACAGAUGGGCUCAGGUCCAGUUUAUCUGAGCUUCGACAUCGACGCGUUGGACCCUGGAUUUUCCCCUGGAACUGGGACUCCGGAGAUCGCAGGACUUACCCCAAUACAGGGUGUGGAGAUCAUCCGUGGUUGCCGUGGGAUGAAUCUGGUUGGAUGUGACUUGGUGGAAGUUUCCCCUGCAUACGACACUACAGGAAACACGGCUCUGACUGGAGCAAACCUCCUCUUUGAGAUGCUAUGUGUGCUUCCAAUGGUGAAAUAUUACUGA